CUGGUAGGCAUUUGGCUCACCAACGCGCUCCCCUGCGGGACCCCCGAGGACCCGAAAGGGGAUAUAACCCAGGUCGAAGGAAUCUUCUCCGCCGCUGCGCGUUUCAACGGAUCAUGCCAGCCCAACGUGUGCCACUGGUGGGACGAUGUGGCACAAAGGCUCCUGUUACACGCCAUACGAGACAUCAAUGCAGGCGAGGAGCUUUGUCUUGGAUAGGCGUGCGGGGCUAGAGGAGUACUACAACUACCUGUGCCGCUGCGAAGUGUGCUCGCUCCGGGGACAAGCGCUGCGGGACAGCGACCGUCGCCGCCGCCACAUUGCCCAGAUCCGCACAGACAUGGUUGACUACCUCGAUUCGGCCUUCGGAUUGCACAAGAUAAAACUGGCUAUUAAGCUCUUGCGGGAGGAAAAAUUACUCGAACACAGUAGCGCGUCCUUCUACAUCAAAGGAUUUGAUUUCUGCGCCAGAGCCGGGGAUGUCGAGAAUGCCCGCGCGUGGGCUAAGAAGGCGUGUGAGACGCUAACCAUGUCGAGGGGCCCAAAUAGCUCCUUCGCCCGACACUGGAACAAUCUUGCUGAGCAUCCCGAAGAAUCAGAUGUUUUCCAGAGCGGGAGAAAGAAAUAUAAGCUUACGGGACCUGAGUUCUAGGAUGUCCAUGACGUGCGAGGUCUUUCUGAAUAUAAAUUAUCUCCCUUUUGA